CCCUUCCCUGCAUUAGGGUUCUGCUUCUGGGAAUUCGCUUAUUCUGCACCCAUAACCUGCCGUAAUUUGCUGGAUAAUUCACAAUUGGCCGCACCCAAAAUUCUUCGACCGCAUCUCACUCUACUGCAACCUACUCAAAAAAAAAGCUUCUCUCCAGGAGCUUGUGUGGCUUGUUUCCUCACAAACCAACUCCAAAUUGUACACUCGGUAGAAAGGCCUUCCUCAGAGGCGUUUGGAAAGGCUGAUAAGAUGAGUGUCGUUGCAUCUAAGAACCUAUACGAGCUACUCGGAAAUACUCAUGAUGAGGAUUCCGACAGAGAGCCUGAACCACCCGUCAAGGUCAUAGACAAGACACCUGCUAGAACUACCAAGCGCAACGCCCCAGCAGAAGCUCCUUCCACAAAAGUCCCCGAAUCAACUGGGGGGCGGGGUGGCUCUCGUGCGGCACAGGGCAAUGAAGGUGCUUUCCGUGACCGAAACGCUGGUAGCGCUCAGAAUAGAGCAAAGCCGAUUGAUGAGGUUGAACGACAAAGAAAUCGUGGCUCAGGCGAGGGUCGUGGACGUGGUGGACGAAGUGAGCCACGCAAUUUUGAUCGCCACAGUAGGGGCGUUGGGGGUGACUCUGAAAAGCAAGCCAGCCAUGGAUGGGGAGCUAAUGAAGGCAAAGCCGAGCUUGCCGAUGAGCAAGCUGGAGAAGCGCUAGCUAACGCAGAAACAAAAGAUGCCAUGGCUUCAUGGGGUGAAGCAGAAGCCGCAUCCGGCCCCGCAAAUGAUGCUGAGCCCGAGGAAAACAGUAUAUCUUAUGCCGAGUAUCUUAUCCAACAACAAGAAAAGAAAUUGGCUCUUGCUGCAGAAACACCUCAGCUCCGAAAGCCCAAUGAAGGUCGGGAACAGGAUAAGAAAUGGGCUAACGCCAAGCCCAUUUGCAGGGACGAAGAAGAAGAUCUUGUUCCAGGAUCCGGGGGAAAAGCAAAACGUGAACGUGAGCGCAGACAGAAGCAAUUCCUCGAAAUUGAUCAACGUUUCACUGAGGGAUCUGAAAGAGGUCGUGGUGGCGGUGGCCCUCGGGGUGGGCGUGGCCGGGGUGGGCGCGGUGGGCGUGGCGAUGGACCUUCGAGGGCAGGGCGCGGAAAUGGCCAAGGUAAUCCGGAAACCAAUGCUUCUAUCAACACCAAUGAUACGAGCGCCUUCCCCAGCCUUGGGUCGUAG